CCACCUGGAGGAGCUCCGUUAACCCUUCAGCAUCCCCUCACACGCGCCUCAACCUCCGCUUUAAGUUACCAUGGUGACACGUCCUGCCUGCAUAAAAGUGAGCCUCCUUGGUCGCGCACAGCAGCUCGCUCUGUGAGACAAGUCAAGGAUUUUUUUUUUUUACCCGCAGAACAACAUCAGAAACAAGCUCCAACCAAUGCAUCUGAACUCCUCUGACAACCGGACCGCCUCUGAGUUCACCUCCAAACUGACCCCCACUGCAGACAUAUGUGUGGGACUGACCAUCCUCUCCGUCGUUCUGCUCUCUGUUCUGGGCAAUGGGCUGGUUCUGGUGGUUUGUUACCGCAGGAGGAAGAAGAUGGUGGGCUCGGAGCUGCUGUGUGUCAACCUGGCCGUCGUCGACUUCCUCUGCUGCAUCUGCUUCUACCCGCUUUCCAUCAUUUCCUCCUUUAACCACACAUGGCUGGGAGAAAACGUCACCUGCGUUUACUACGGCCUUGGCUGCUACAUUUUCGGCCUGUGCGGCAUGUUCACCAUCACCGCCAUCAGCAUCAUACGGUACCUGAAGACAUGCUACAGCUUGGUUUAUGCUGUGUGGCUGGAAGGCGCCAACAUCCAGCUAGCGUGCUGUGCCAUCUGGUUUGUGGCUGCACUGUGGUCUUGCUUCCCUCUGUUCGGCUGGGGUGAGUACGUCCCCGAGCCCUACGGACUGUCCUGCACCGUCGCCUGGAGGGGUUAUCAUACGUCAGCCAAGGACGCCUUCUAUGUCAUCUGCUCCUUCGCCUUCUUCACACUGGUUCCCGUCGUCUUCAUCAUGGUGUCCCAGUGUCAGAUCCUCUACAAGGUUUACCGCUUUUCCUACUCGCUGUCUGCAAGAGGCAUCCGCAACAACCUGCGAUAUGCUGAAAAACGACUCACCAUGAUGUUUUUCUGCAUCAGCCUGGGUUUUGUGAUCGCCUGGGCCCCGUACGCUGUUGUGUCCUUCCUCUUCAUUUUCCACAAGGAGAACCGGUACAUGGCUCCUGAGGGCUUUGUAUUCCCCGCCCUCUUCGCCAAAAGUUCCCACAUCUACAACCCGUUCAUCUACUUCUACUUUAACAAGACUUUCCAGCAGGAGCUCCGCUGCAUGAUCCUCUCUUUCUGCCCCAAAUUCGGGGGGAAUCGCGUAGGCAUCCACAUCGCCACGGGCCACCCAGGCCCGUAUCCCAUCCACAUUCAGCUCCAGGAAAGAAACCACAUCCAAAAGAAGAACUUUGGUUUGUCUCAGGACCGAAUUCACAGCAAGAGUAAAGUAACGCACCCCAGCAGCCUCCAUGUCCAUGGCAGGCCGGUGUACGCCUGCUGGGGGUCCGUGUCGAAGAUUACCCCGUCCCUCUUGGACAGUAAACCUGCCAAAGCCUCCCUGCCUGUCUCUAUAUGAACUCUAUCACUGUUAAUACAGAUAUAUGAUAUAAAGGCAGCAUGGUUAAACCGUCGACAGCCAACAACCAAAAAAUCUUGUCCUGUUUCCAUUCAAUUAAUCAGGGUCCAGGUUGCUUUUUUUUGUAAAUUAAAUAGGUUCUGUUUGGGUUGCAACUCUGAGAUGUUUUUAGCAGCGAAGUUUAACAUCGAGCUCCUAGUGAACUAGAUUACCAGCCUGCAUCCUGUUAAAGCUUCUAUAACCUCUGUGGUUUUGAGUGAAACGUCUCAAGAUGGACAUUCAUGUCUCCCUCAGGAUAAAUCAAUUAAACUCAUAUUUAAUGGAUAUGUAUGUAUAUAUCAAUCAGUAUAUUAAUGCUCAUGUGACAACUGUCUUAAUACUGUGAAUGUUUGCAAGUCGUAAACAUGGGAAUCUUUCCCAUUUCUCCUUUAUGAUAUGAACGUGGUAUACUCUAGUCUUGUUCCUGCUGUGACAAGUCAAAAUGUGAAAUGAAAGGCCAAUUUCAAUCCAAUUUCAAUCCAAUUUCAUAAGGUCAGUGCAUUAUUUAUGCUGUUUCUUUAAGUAUUUAUACUGUCAUUACAUUUUUCAGUAAAUUAUUGUGUAUUAAUAAAUUAGCUGAGGGCACAGUAAGUAUGAUUACUGAGAUUAAUUUUAAAUGAAUUAAUUUCUACUUAACAUUUUUAGCUUAAACACUCUACCUCUAAAACCUCUAAAAUGUAAAGGAUCUGUGAAAGUGUAGCAACAUCAUAAACCAAUCAGCCAUAACAUUACGAGCACUGACAGGUGAAUAACACUGAUUAUCUGGUUAUCUGGCUUCUGUCAGUCGGUGGGAUAUAUUAGACAGCAAGUGAACAUUUUGUCCUCAAAGUUGAUGUGUUAGAAGCAGGAAAAAUGGGCAGGGUCAUGGGCGUGGUCCGAUUCCAACAGACGAGCUACUGUAGCUCAAACUGCUGAAACAGUUCAUGCUGGUUCUGAUAGAAAGGUGUCAGAAUUAUCACAUUAUAACCACCAGCGUGCCCCAGGAGGUCGUAAUGUUACGGCUGAUUGGUGUCACUCAUUAUGUGUUUUUUUUUUUGCUCUUUGUUGUUAGAAUUUGAGCCUGCAGUUGCCUUUCACAUAUGCAGCAGAUCCACUUUAAGGGCAUUUGAACUCAACUACUGAACACAAAGAAACAGGAGCACCUGCUGUUUUCCACAUAAUGGAAUUUUUUUUAAAAACAAAUCCAGCUGAAAGCUAUGAUGCCCUUAACUCCUCUGCAAUUAUGCUCAUUCACUGUGUGUGUCUUUGCGUGUGUGAGCUGUUUAUACCCGUUGAACUCACAAAUCAAAAGCUACAUAGUUUUAAUGUUGAUGUUAAAGUGUUGAAUCAAUCCUCAUAUUUUCUGGGUUAUUUACCCUCAAAACAUUAACAGACUACAGGCUUAAGUCAAAGUGUCCGGCACUUAAAUGAGCUACCAGAGAAGAGGGCGUCUAUCCUGGCUGGUCUUUUAAACAACUUUAUGUGAUGUUUGUAUUAACGAUCUGUUGUCUGAUACGUUGGUUAUGUGAAUACUGUUGGUCCGGGGAUAAUAAAGCUCUCUUUUAAUGUU